CAGCUAUAUAACGUCCAGACGCAUCAGUGGACAGUAUGAGUCCUGUGCUUGAUUCAAGACAAACCAGUAAAAUGUUCAAAAUCAUCGCCCUCCUCGCUGCCCUCAUCGCCGUCUCGGCCGCCAAACCCCUGGUGGUGAGCGCACCUUUAGUCGCAGCCCCCGCUCCAGUCGUCACGGCGUCCAGCUCGCAAUACUACCACCGCUUCCACAACGGUCUAGCGGCGUACGUUGCCGCACCCGCUGCGUACGUUGCCGCACCAGCCUCGUACGUUGCGCCCGCCGCUUCUUACGUCGCCGCUCCGUACGUUGCCGCCCCUGCUGCUCCUAUUGUUGCCGUCUAAGCUAAAGCUAUCUGGUACUGGCCGACUUGUGAUAUUAUGAAUAAACGCUUGGAUUGAUCGUCAA